AUGACCCAACUUUUCGCCUCCAGUCCGUCCAAUGUGUCGAACGAGAAACGUGGAAGCUUCCCUAGCCUCUCGCUCCCGUCCAAAAAACAUACCAAUGAGUCAAGCCAUCUUCCAACAAAGAUCAAGAACUUUUUUCGCAUAAAUAGCUCGAGCAGCAAUUCGUCUCAUCACAGUCAUAGCCACAGUGGCGACCGGGAUAGAGAGGGCAGUCCUCACAUCGGCGCCAAGACCGAAUCUAAGUCGGCCUUCAGGCAAUCGCGAUUCCUCCCCACGAUUGGUCGCAAUCGCUCAACCACUGUUGCUAGCGAAGGCAAUCCGCUGGACGAGGGAGUGUCUCCAACUGCAACAGCCAAUCCGUAUUUCGUUCACCAGGGCCAACCGUCCUUACAGCAUCGCAAUGACGGUUCGGAGCCUUCCUCUCCGCCAGACACUCCAGAGCUACAGGUCGACGGGGUCUCCGCUGCUGAGCAGGCCACGACUGCCAACAAAACAGAAUUAGCCCGAAAGCUGCGCCGCGUCGCUUCCGCCCCGAAUGCACAGGGUCUAUUUGCCAAGGGCGAGAAUGAUGGACGCCCUCAAACGGCUGAAACGGGAAACCAGCCCCCAGUGGAAGAAACCGACUCUCAGAUCACGAUCGCGGAGGAUACAGUCGGGAGUCUCUCCGUACCUAAAAUGGGUGCCGACGGCAAGAUCCCGAGUCCCGGCGAGAUUCGCAACCAGGUGGCCUUCCGCAGAACGUAUAGCUCCAACUCGAUCAAAAUUCGGAAUGUGGAGGUUGGGCCAAGUAGCUUCGACAAGAUCAAAUUGAUCGGCAAAGGCGAUGUAGGAAAGGUGUAUCUCGUUCGCGAAAAGAAGACGAGCCGCUUAUAUGCUAUGAAGGUCCUGAGCAAGAAGGAAAUGAUCAAACGAAACAAAAUUAAGAGGGCGCUGGCCGAACAGGAGAUCCUCGCCACAAGUAAUCAUCCUUUUAUCGUCACGCUCUAUCACUCUUUCCAGUCCGAGGAUUAUCUCUACUUAUGUAUGGAGUAUUGUAGCGGUGGUGAAUUUUUUCGAGCUCUUCAAACACGUCCGGGGAAAUGCAUAUCCGAAGACGCGGCGCGAUUCUAUGCGGCGGAAGUUACAGCCGCUUUAGAGUAUCUCCAUCUCAUGGGUUUUAUCUACCGCGAUCUAAAGCCAGAGAACAUUCUUCUGCAUCAAUCUGGUCAUAUCAUGCUGUCAGAUUUCGACCUGUCUAAACAAUCGGGCCCUGGCGGUGCGCCCACCAUGAUUCCGGCGCGGAGCGGCAACUCGACGACGUCUCUGCCCACCAUCGACACCAAGUCAUGCAUUGCUGAUUUCCGGACGAACUCCUUUGUAGGAACGGAGGAAUACAUUGCGCCGGAGGUUAUCAAGGGCUGCGGACAUACCAGCGCAGUUGACUGGUGGACCCUUGGCAUCCUGAUCUAUGAGAUGCUCUACGGCACAACACCGUUCAAGGGUAAGAACAGGAACGCAACGUUUGGAAACAUCCUACGAGAUGACGUCCCAUUUCCUGAACACGGAGGGGCCCAACAAAUUUCCAAUAUGUGUAAGUCUUUGAUCCGUAAGCUGUUGAUUAAAGAUGAGACGAAGCGUCUUGGAGCUCGUGCAGGUGCUUCGGACGUCAAAACCCACCCGUUCUUUCGGCAAACACAAUGGGCCCUUAUUCGCCAUAUGAAGCCACCGAUGAUUCCUCAUCAAAGCCGAGGAACGGAUACUCUGAAUUUCCGCAAUGUCAAAGAAAGUGCCAGCGUUGAUAUUGGCGGUAGCAACCCUACCAAGAUGAAGGGUGUCCCCAUGGAUUCGGGUCUUGCCACGCCCAAUGGGGAAGUGAACGACCCAUUUGAAGAGUUCAACAGUGUGACUCUUCAUCAUGACGGAGAUAUGUAG